AGGAAACCAGACAACUUCAACGGGGAGAUCUGUCGUUAUAGUUCUCUCCCAGGGAGAGCACAAUCUUUUCGUCUUUGCACUCUUCACUCACCAUAAACCCUAAAAUCCCCUUUCUUUCAAUCCACCACCAUCCCCUUAAACCCUUGCUUGAAUGUUACUUUCUGCACAAUUCCUCAACUAUUUUUUGCAAAUAUUAUUUAUUGAUUGAUUGAAUUCUAGUAUUCACUUCGUGUUUGUGCUGUGUGAGAUCAUUAUUCGCCAUGGAUAUCGAGCAAAAACAAGCAGAGCUAAUCGAUCACUUCGUCAAGAGAGCCUCCGCCAGUAAAGGUUCAGCCCUAGGGUCCGUCAUCGCCGAAGCCACAUCGCAUCCUUCUCUCUUUGCUUUCUUCGAGAUUCUUGCCGUCUCAACCGUCGCUGAGGUUAGAAUUGAUUAUAUUUCCCAGUUUUCAUUCGUUGAUUUCACUGUUCUUUUGUUCCUUGAAUGCUCCUGUGGUGGUGUAUUGUUGAGUGUGUGCGCUGACUUUUAAAAUCUAGAGAAAGGUUACGUAAGAUUCUGGUUUAUGUGUUCAUGACAAUUUGCAAAUUCAUGUUGGUUUAUUGUAGUUUUCUAGUUUGUUUCACGCCAGUGCAUCACUCUUUGGGGAUUAUUAUAUUUAUUGUCGAGAUCAGACUGAUCAGUGAUGUAUGGUUCACCAUACCCGAUAGAAUAGAUAAAAGGGAAAAUAAGGGAAAUUUCGAAUAUCAUGUUGGGAUAUGUUGAAUUGAAUGAUUACUUCUAUAAAUUAUGGCAAAUGGUGAAUAGGACUUAUUUGGGUAAAGAUUUUUGUUUUUCUGAGAGGCUGAUAGACUAGUAAUGGAAAUAUGAAACUUGCAAAUCCAGUUGAUGACAUUCUUUGAGUUCUCUUUUAUUUUCUCUUAUUCUCGUCUUGCUUUUCAUAUUUUUUCGUUAAGUUUUUUUUUUUUAUAAGAAUAAUUACCUCAGGAUUUUUAUGAAACCAAUGGAAUUUUGCAGCUUCCAGGAACGGAACAUUCCUUUUUUGGUGGACACGCUUCGUUUGUUUGCACAUGGUACUUGGAGCAAUUACAAAAGUAAGUAGGAAAACAGUUUUUUGUUUUUCAGUAAUAAGUUCUUAUUGUCUUGAAAUUUGUCAGAUGCUUCUUUCCUUGUAGUGGUAGACUAGUACUGUCAGUUUGUCAUAUGCUUAUUUCUAUUGUGGCUUGACUACCACCAAAUAUGAAAAAAAAUACAAUUCAGUACUAUCAGUUCUUGUUGGAAAAUUCAUGCUCUCUCUCCAUAGAGUCUUACUUUUAUUUGUUUGACCAUUGUGUUCGAUUUUUUCUUUUGGCGUCUUCUCUGAGUCUCCCAUACAUCUCGCCGACAGUAAUUAUUACUGUGUUUUUUUUUCUUUCUUUCUCUUUACUUUUUCUUUUCUCCUUGAGUAGUGUUUUUCUAUCGUACUGAAUUUUUGCAGGAAAUCAUUGCUUUGUUUAAACCCCACUCCCCAAGAAAUUCAGGGAAACAAU